GUCAUUUGACUUCUGUACCUGGCUGGGUAAGAAUUUAUAAACCUACUGGAAUAAAUUUACUGUUCAUAGCCGGUAGACAUCGGGGAUGUCUAAUCUCUUCAAGGAACUGAAAAACGAAUGGGCCAAGCAUACACCGAAUCUGGCCCAUUGCGCUAAGCUGCUCGAUGUUCUCAAGUUGGAGCUGGUUCAUGUUGGUUUCGCAGGACCCAAAGAGGCAGCCAAAUCGGGACACAACGAGAAACUCCAAACGUCACGAGAAAUGCUCGAGAUAGCCGUCGAGCAUAGCAUUAAGGUCAAGGACUAUCCGGCUUACGAACGUUAUAUGGCUCAAUUGAAUGUCUACUACUAUGACUAUGACAAGUUCCUGGAAUCUUCUCCAGCAAUGCAUAAAUUCAUUGGACUUAAUUUGCUCUACAUGCUGGCCACAAAUCGCAUCGCAGAUUUUCACAUUUUGCUCGAACGAUUGCCGUCGGCAUUGUUGCUGCACAACAGUUUCAUUAUGCCCGUGCUGGAGCUCGAGAACUACUAUAUGGAAGGACGCUACAACAAAAUAUUGCAGGCCAAGAAGACAAUGCCCUCGGAGAUCUACUCGAAUUUUAUGGAUAUGCUGGUGAAUACAGCAAAAGAGGAGAUUGCCUCCUGCCUAGAGAAAUCCUGUGUGAAAAUAUCACCAAAACAGGCGGCAUUACGUUUGGGUUUCAAGCCGGGAAGUUCAGAGCUCACGGAUCUGGCCCAACGUCGCAAAUGGUCAUUGGACGCUGAUGGCAAUUAUAACUUUGCCAGUUGGCAUGCCAAGCCCGUGGAGGUGGUGCCCGCAAACGAUAUUGCCGAACAGACCUUGGUCUAUGCCCAGGAGCUGGAGAAGAUUGUUUAAAAGAUGUCGUUCAAUUGAAAAAAGGAAAUAAAGCCAGGCAGACGUUAAAUGGAAA